AAAAACAUGCAAACAAGUGGCAACGCUAACAAAACACAAGAAAACAAAAUAGUUGAAAACUUGAGAAAAAGAAUACAAGAUUUCUAAGAUUUAGCUAAAGGCGAAAUUCAACCAAAAAUGCAGUCUUACGGCGGCCCCGAUCAAAGUCAUUUGCACAAAUCGGAACAGCCAGCGGUCUUUCCGCAUCCAGCCACACAUCCGUGGAUGCUCGAUGGAAUGCCUUGGAUGCUGGCAACAACGAAUGCACCUCAGCCCGGCGGUAUCAUGCAAUUUGGCUCAAACGCAAACUAUAAUAUUGAGACUGACCCACAAUGUGGCAAGUGGCACCACAAGCGGAAAUCUCUGGAGCAACUGGCCUCCGGGCUCCCUGCCAAACAACUGAUAACCGAGGAACGAAUAACAGCGCACUUUAGUGGGCUGCAAAUAUCUGGAGAUGCAAACGGUGUGGGCUCCGUGCGCACAGUGGGAAACAAUAACAGUGUACCAAGUGUGAACGGAGGGUUGGCCACCGAUGACAUACCCUCGACCAGUACGGGUAAAACACAUCAUCCGAAUCCGGCCUAUCAGAUGGCAGCCAUGGAACUUGAACAGAAACUACGCAAUGCCAAUCGGAUUGUGAUCUGUGAUGAACUGAAACAAGGCGUUCCUCCCAUAGCAGCACCAUGUGCCAUACCACCCGAAUGGCUACUUAAAUCAAUUCCAAGACCAUGUACAGCAUUGGUGCCAUGGCAACCAUCGCCCUUGCAAUUGACGCAGUCGCAGCCACAGUCGUUGCCCAAGGAGCAGGUGCGAGUGCGUAUGUCAAAUUCUGGACAAGUGGAUCCAGGGUCAGAAGACGUACAUCUCGAUGAUUAUGACGAUGAGGAGUUCUUUGAUAAUAACAAUACAUGCAAUGUGAAUUUAAAUAAGUCUGAUGAGCAAAUGGAUGAGGACCUGUAGCUUCAAUAAGUUAUAGUCGUGGGUGGAUAUGUUUAUAGUGUGCAUAAGCAAAGCUAGUUUUAUCAGCAUGUCUGUUUAUAAUUUGAGUAAUUUUACGAUAACAAUAUUCAUAUGUAUCCAUA